GACUGCGCAGCAGCAUUGGAGCUAAGGAUUUCAUUCAGGGAAUUUCAGGGUUUAGGGUUCCGUCCUUGAACGGAGAAAGAAUAAUCUGACUGAACCGAGAAGAAGAGCCCGGACUUCCAUGGAGAGUGCCUUCGCCAGCGCCUCUGCGAUCACAGACCAGAGGCGGAAGAUCGAGCAGUACAAGCACAUUCUAGCCACUGUGAUUUCCUCCAACGACGUUGUUCAGGCCAAGAAAUUCAUCGAUCACAUUUUAUCCGACGACGUUCCAUUGGUCGUAUCGCGGCAGCUUUUGCAGAGUUUUGCACAGGAAUUGGGGAAAUUGGAGCCUGAGGCCCAAAAGGAGAUUGCGCAUUAUACUCUUGCACAGAUUCAGCCACGGGUCGUUUCGUUUGAAGAACAGGUGUUAGUUAUCAGGGAGAAACUUGCUGAGUUAUAUGAGUCCGAGGAGCAAUGGUCUAAAGCAGCUCAGAUGCUCAGUGGCAUUGAUCUAGAUUCUGGAAUGAGAGUGAUUGAUGAUACAUUCAGGUUGUCAAAAUGUGUCCAAAUUGCUCGCCUUUAUCUUGAGGACGAUGAUGCUGUCAAUGCGGAAGCUUUUAUUAAUAAGGCUUCAUUUUUGGUUAGCAAUAGUCAACAUGAAGUUUUGAAUUGGCAGCAUAAGGUCUGUCAUGCAAGGAUUUUAGAUUUGAAGAGGAAGUUCUUGGAAGCAGCAUUGCGAUAUUAUAGCAUAUCCCAAAUUGAAAAGCGGAAAAUAGGAGAUGAGGAGAUUGAUGAGGAAGCAUUGGAGCAAGCUCUUUCUGCUGCUGUGACAUGUACGAUUUUGGCAGCUGCAGGUCCUCAACGUUCUCGUGUUCUUGCAACUUUGUACAAAGAUGAACGGUGUUCAAAAUUGAAAAUUUAUCCUAUAUUGCAAAAGGUGUAUCUGGAGAGAAUUUUGAGAAAGCCUGAAAUUGACGCCUUUGCCGAGGAAUUAAAAGCACAUCAAAAAGCACUUCUGCCAGACAAUUUUACUGUAUUGGAUCGUGCUAUGAUUGAGCAUAAUCUUUUGAGUGCAAGCAAACUUUACACAAAUAUAAGCUUUGAUGAAUUGGGCACCUUGCUGGGCAUUGCUCCUGAUAAGGCUGAGAAGAUAGCAUCAAGAAUGAUUUAUGAAGAUAGAAUGAGGGGAUCGAUUGAUCAGGUGGAAGCUGUCAUACAUUUUGAAGAUGACACUGAAGAGCUGCAACAGUGGGAUCAACAGAUUGUAGGCCUCUGUCAGGCUCUCAAUGAUGUCUUGGAUAGUAUGGCAAAAAAAGGCUUGGCAAUCCCCGUCUGAUUGAUAUUUGCAAUGACCGGAAGUUUUCUUUUUCCCUUUUUGACUAGUAUAUCUGCUUCAAAAGAUGGCUGUUCAUUAUUAGUUCAAGUUGGGUGAAGUUUACUUAUUAUGUAAUACUAUAUGAAACUCAUGUUUAUCUAAAUAUGGAGUUUCUGUCUAGAACGAGGUUGGUUAUUCCUGCUCUUUUGGUAAUGGGUUGUGUUCUUGUGGCCUCCCCGGUCAUGUCCCUUCAAUUACGGGAGAUCAUCAUUCUUCUCAA